GAGAGGAAGAAACAGUCCUCAACUCUUCUGAAAACAGCCAACAGAGACACCUCAACCGAUGAGGUCAAGCUAAAGUCUUUCUGCUCCAAACAGACUACUGAAGGCUCGUCCACCCUUAGACUUCCUGUCAUCCUUUAUUUCUCUGUCGCUCGACUCGCUCACUCUACAAACUCCAACAAGAUGCCUCCUCAGCUCCAGUCCCAGAACCAGAACGGUCCCAGGAUCCUGCAGGGCGACCUGAGCGCUCUCAGCCCGGCCGUCAGGGAGUUCGUGGACACCAACGUGACUCUGUGCCAGCCUGAAUCUCUGCACAUCUGUGACGGCUCUGAUGAGGAGAACCGCACCAUCCUGGCCCAGCUGGAAGAGCAGGGGAUGAUCAAGAAGCUCACGAAAUAUGAGAACUGCUGGUUGGCCAGGACCGACCCGCGGGACGUGGCCCGUGUGGAGAGUAAGACAGUGAUCGUGACCCGGGACCAGAAGGACACGGUCCCCUCGCCGCUAGACGGCGGAGUCAGCCAACUGGGCCGAUGGAUGUCCCCAGAAGAGUUCGACAAAGCCAUGGCUCAGAGGUUCCCCGGCUGCAUGAAAGGCCGCACAAUGUACGUGAUUCCCUUCAGCAUGGGCCCAGUGGGUUCCCCCCUCUCUAAGAUUGGAGUGGAGCUGACCGACUCUCCCUAUGUGGUGGCCAGUAUGAGAGUGAUGACCCGUAUGGGGAACGCUGUUCUGUCCGCUCUGGGCACGGGCGAAUUUGUCCGCUGCCUGCACUCCGUCGGCUGUCCUCUGCCAGUUAAAAAGCCCCUGGUGAACAACUGGCCCUGUAACCCCGAGCAGACAUUGAUCGCCCACAUCCCAGACCGCAGGCAGAUCGUCUCAUUCGGUAGUGGUUAUGGAGGAAACUCCUUGCUAGGAAAGAAGUGCUUUGCCCUGCGUAUCGCCUCACGUAUCGCCAAGGAGGAGGGCUGGCUGGCCGAGCACAUGCUGAUCCUCGGCGUCACGAACCCUGCUGGACAGAAGAAGUACAUGGCAGCAGCUUUCCCCAGCGCCUGCGGGAAGACAAACCUGGCCAUGCUCUGCCCCACACUGCCAGGCUGGAAGGUAGAGUGUGUAGGAGAUGACAUCGCCUGGAUGAAGUUUGACGACCAAGGCAACCUGCGCGCCAUCAACCCAGAGAAUGGCUUUUUCGGUGUUGCACCCGGCACCUCAGCCAAAACCAACCCUAAUGCCAUGGCGACCAUCGUCAAGAACACCGUCUUCACCAACGUUGCAGAGACCAGCGACGGCGGUGUGUGCUGGGAAGGAAUGGACGAGUCGUUGCCCGAAGGAGUCACUGUCACCUCCUGGAAGAACAAGCCCUGGAGCUCAGAAGAUGGCGAACCCUGCGCUCACCCCAACUCUCGUUUCUGCACUCCGGCUGGUCAGUGCCCCAUCAUCGACCCACAGUGGGAAUCCCCUGAGGGAGUCCCCAUCGAGGCUAUCAUUUUCGGAGGGCGCAGACCUGAAGGUGUUCCUCUGGUGUAUGAAGCUUUCAGCUGGCAGCACGGAGUGUUUGUUGGAGCAGCCAUGAGGUCAGAGGCCACCGCUGCAGCUGAAUACAGAGGCAAAGUAAUCAUGAACGACCCCUUCGCCAUGCGCCCCUUCUUCGGCUACAACUUCGGCCACUACCUCUCUCACUGGCUGAGCAUGGCUGACCGUCCCGGCGCCAAGCUCCCCAAGAUCUUCCACGUCAACUGGUUCCGCAAGAGCCCCACUGCCGGCUUCCUCUGGCCUGGUUUCGGUGACAACAUCCGCGUUUUAGACUGGAUGUUCAGGCGGAUCAACGGCCAGGCCGGUGCCAUGCCCUCCGCCGUGGGCUACCUGCCCUGCCAUGACUCCCUGAACCUUCAGGGCCUAAAGGAGAAGGUGGACCUAGAUGAGCUGUUCUCCCUGGAUCAGGAGUUCUGGCAGAAGGAGGUGGAAGAUGUGGGGAAGUACUUCACCACGCAGGUGAAUAACGACCUGCCCAACGAGGUGGCCCGGCAGCUGGAGCUCCUGCGCCAUAGAGUCAACCAGAUGUAAUGUGGAAAGACAAGAACCACGUUUAGCAUUUCUAAAGUUAGAACAGAGAUUCCAGAUCAGAAUGUUAGAAAUUUGAGAACAAUGCAUCAGAAAUUCUAGAAUGCAAUUCUAGUGAUUCUAGAGUUAUCCGUGAUUCUAGAACAGAAUGUUAGUAAUUCGAAAACAAUGCAUCAGAAAUUCUAGAACGCAAUUUAAAGUAAUUUUUGAUAAGACAGAAUGUGAAUAAUUCUAGAAUAUUACAUUAUUAUUGUUUUAAUGAAGAACUCAUUUUUUUGAGUGACU